AUGGAGGGGCUGCGGGGCCGGGACCCCCCCUGUGCCCGGAACAUUCCAGCCCUGUCCGAGGAGGAGGAGGAGGAGCCAGGUGAGGAGGAGCCAGGUGAGGAGGAGGAGCCAGGUGAGGAUGAACCAGGUGAGGAAGACCCAGGUGAGGAAGAAGCAGCUGAGGUUGAAGACCCAGGUGAGGAUGAAGAUGGAGGUGAGGAAGAACCAGGUGAGGAGGAGCCAGGUGAGGAAGAACAAGCUGAGGAAGAUCCAGGUGAGGAAGAAGCAGGUGAAGAUGAAGAAGACCCAGGUGAUGAAGACCCAGGUGAUGAAGACCCAGGUGAUGAAGACCCCGGCGAGGAUGAAGACGCAGCCCAGGAAGACCCACCUGGAUCCCUCCAGGUUCUCCCCGCUCCUCGCCGGCCCCGCCUUUACCUGCGGCCCCGCCCGGCGCCAGAUGAGCCGGGCCCCUCCCACCUGAGCCCCUGGGACCAGGUGAGCUCCCACCCCUCACCCGAAGCGGGCGGGGCCUUCGUCCACCUCAUCGACGAGCGCGGUGUGACAGGAGUGACAGGAGUGACAGGUGUGACAGGUGUGACAGGGGUGACAGGGGUGACAGGAGUGACAGGUGUGACAGGUGUGACAGGGGUGACAGGAGUGACAGGGGUGACAGGAGUGACAGGCAUCACAGGGGUCACAGGUGUUUCACGUGUGACAGGUGUGUCAGGUGUCACAGGUGUCACAGGUGUAGGGGUCACAGGUGUGUCAGGGGUCACAGGUGUCACAGGUAUAGGUGUGACAGGUGUAGGUGUGACCGGUGUCACAGGUUUAUCAGGGGUCACAGGUGUGUCAGGGGUCACAGGUGUAGGUGUCACAGGUGUCACAGGUGUGUCAGGUGUCACAGGUGUCACAGGUGUCCAGCUCCAGGUGGUGCCGGUGGCCCCAGAGGUCCCCAAAGUCCAGGUGCAAGGCAGGGAUGUGACAACGGUGACAGGUGUAGGUGUGUCAGGUGUGACAGCGGUGACAGGUGUAGGUGCCACAGGUGUCACAGGUGUCACAGGUGUGACAGGGGUGUCAGGGGUCACAGGUAUAGGUGUGACAGGUGUCACAGGGGUGACAGGGGUGACAGGUGUAGGUGUCACAGGUGUCACAGGUGUCACAGGUGUCACAGGGGUACAGCUGCAGGUGCUGCCGGUGCCCUCGGACAUCACCAAUGUCCAGCUCCGGGUGUUGCCAGCACCACCUGAGGUCCCCAAUGUCCAGCUCCGUGCAGGUGAAGUGACCAACGUCCAUUUCCAGGCCACCGAGGUCCCCAAUGUCCAUCUCCAGGCCACCGAGGUCCCCAACGUCCAUCUCCAGGCCACCGAGGUCCCCAGUGUCCAUCUCCAGGCCACCGAAGUCCCCACUGUCCAUCUCCAGGCCCUGCCGCUCACCUCAGGUGUCACCAAUGUCCAGCUCCAGGUGUUGCCACCACCCUCAGGUGGCACCGGUGUCCAUCUCCAGGCCACUGAGGUGACCAGUGUCCAGCUCCAGGCCACUGAGGUGACCAAUGUCCAGCUCCAGGUGCUGCCACCGCCACCUGAGGUGACCGGUGUCCACCUCCAGGCCACCGAGAUGACCAGCAUCCAGCUGGAGCCCAUGGAGGAGGUGCCCAGUGUCCACCUGGAGACCGUGGAGGUGACCGAUGUCCACCUGGAGAGCUCAGAGCUGCCCAGCGUCCACCUGGAGACCAUGGAGGAGGUGCCCAGCGCCCACCUGGAGACCUCAGAGGUCCCCUCUGACCACCUGGAGGUGACCAAUGUCCACCUGGAGACCUCAGAGAUCCCCUCUGACCACCUGGAGGUGCCCGGUGCCCACCUGGACACCUUGGAGAUGACCGAUGUCCACCUGGAGGUGCCCGGUCUGCACCUGGACACAUCAAAGGUGCCCGGUGGCCACCUGGAGCCCACAGAGGUGCACCUGGACCCGCCCUAGGAGGUGCCCGGUGUCCACCUGGACACACCUUGGAGGUGCCCUCUGACCACCUGGACACACCUUGGAGGUGACCAAUGUCCACCUGGAGGUGCCCAGGACCCACCUGGAGGUUCCCAGGGCCCACCUGGACAUGUCAGAGCUGCUCAGGUCUCACCUGCAACUGCCCAGAGCCCACCUGGACAUGUCAGAGGUGCCCGGUGUCCACCUGGACACACCUUGGAGAUGACCAGUGUCCACCUGGAGGUGCCCAGGACCCACCUGGAGGUGCCCAGGGCCCACCUGGAGGUGCCCAGGACCCACCUGGAGACAUCAGAGCUGCCCAGGGCCCACCUGGAGACUUCUGGGGAGGUUCCCAAUGUCCACCUGGAGACCACACAGGUGCCCAGGUCCCACCUGGAACUGCCCAGGGCCCACCUGGAACUGCCCAGGGCCCACCUGGAGGUGCCCAGGUCCCACCUGGAACUGCCCAGGGC